AUGUCAAUGUUUUCCCUUGUACCGGGGAGCGCAGAAUUGGAUGUGGUACUCCAGAUGCUGUCUCACAAGUGCCAACGAGAAGGGGAGAAUCAUUUCUGCAGCCUGCUGGUCAUUCCUACUUUUCUGCAGCCUGCUGGUUACAUUCCUGCUAACAACCCCGCGUGCAGCUGGCCAUCGUUGCUGACUGCUGUUCAACUCUUUGUCCACCAGGACACCCCCGUCUUUCCUUGCAAAGGUCAAGCCAAUUCCAAAACGUUUGACAGGAUCUCCUGUAACAAGAAGGUUGGAAAAACAUGUUCAGUAACAUGUGGGCACGCAAUCAUUCUCCAAAGUGCCUAUGACAAAAUGGGCUUUCUGAAGGUUGAGCAGCUAGCUGUAAUCGCAGAGGUCUACACUCAGGAUCAGCCUCCCAGUGAAGGGCAAAACCCCCCACCUCCUGCCCCUCAGGGGUUUGUGUCCUGCACCUGGCAGACGGGCUGCUCUCAGAGACCAGCCGCCGCCUGCGUCUGGUCUUGCCCAGGUUUGGAGCUAAAGCAGCCCCUCCGUGAUGGAUCUAGCAAGAAGGCGGCAAAAGCUUGUCUACGCAAAAUUGUGGAAACAGAACGGAGCUCUUCUGGCUCUGAUCCAAACCACCAAGGUGCAAAGCGGCUCUCAUCCAGAACCGGGUACCCAGAUUCUAAGCCUUUGAAAACAGUUGUUUUCUGUUACAGUUUGGUGGAGUCCCUAGGUCAGGUGUGGUUGCAGCCUCCCCAGGCCUGUACGCUGGUACGGGAGACUUCGGGAUCAUAUGAGCUGAAGCAUACACCGGACAAAGUGUCAGUAAUACCAGAGAGAGACAAGCGGGCGACCGCCGCCCUCCGCGGCCGCGCCGGCAGGGUGAACUGCGUGCGCUGGGCCCGCCGGCGGGACGGCGCUUCUGAAACAGAGUUAAUUUCUGGUGGAUCUGAUAAACAACUCAUUCUUUGGGAAUGGAAUGGGACAGGAACAGGAACGUGGAAUAAUCAGCUUGUGAAAAGCAUUCCUCUCAAAGGCCAUGCUGAAGCUGUUUGUGCUGUGGAUGCUGUCUACCAGUCAGAUGAACCUGACUUAAACCUUCUAAUAGCUUCUGCAGCUUCUGACUCUACUGUGAGAAUCUGGUCUCGGCAUGGUUCAGAAGCUAAAUGCAUUGAAAUUCUGCAGUUUGGAAAUGGAUUUGUUAUGGAUGUCUGCUUAUCCUUCUUGCCUGGCAGCAGUGUACCAAUACUGGCUUGUGGUGGUGAUGACUGCAAAAUAAAUUUGUUUAUACAGCAGAAUGGUCAGUUUCAGAAAGCCUUAAUACUCCCUGGCCAUGAAGAUUGGAUAAGAGGCAUUGAAUGGGCCGUCUGUGGUGAAGACCUUUUCUUAGCAAGCUGUGCUCAGGAUUGUUUGAUAAGAAUUUGGAAAGUGUGUACAAAAUCAAAACAACUUCCAGAAACUGAAGAUAAUUCCAUAAGACUGAAAGAGAAUGUUUUUACUGUCAAAGAUACUGAUACAACAUAUGCAGUUACUUUGGAGUCGGUGUUGGCUGGUCAUGAAAACUGGGUGUAUGCAGUUCACUGGCAACCUUCAUUUUCCAAAGAUGGCAGCAUGCAACAACCAAUGAGGAUAUUGUCUGCAUCAAUGGACAAAACUGUGAUCAUCUGGGAACCCGAUAAGGAAUCUGGAGUCUGGCUAGAACAGGUGCGGGUAGGUGAAGUGGGUGGCAAUACCCUCGGAUUUUUUGACUGCCAGUUUAGUCCAGAUGGUUCAAUGAUCAUUGCUCAUGCUUUUCAUGGAGCACUACACCUUUGGAAACAGGCUGCAGUUAAUAAGAAAGAAUGGACUCCAGAAGUUGUGAUUUCAGGACAUUUUAACAGUGUAGAGGAUGUAAAGUGGGAUCCAGAAGGAGAGUUUAUCAUCAGUGUUGGUUCUGAUCAAACUACUAGACUCUUUGCUCCGUGGAAAAGAAAACAAGAGACAGAGGUAACCUGGCAUGAAAUUGCAAGGCCGCAAGUACAUGGAUAUGACAUGCGUUGUCUGGCAAUGAUCGGCCGGUUUCAGUUUGUGUCGGGAGCAGAUGAAAAAGUGCUUCGAGUUUUUCGUGCUCCCAAGAAUUUUAUAGAAAAUUUCAGUAACAUCACUGGUAUUCCAAUGGAGAAGCUGUGCUCCCACCAAUCAUCUGAUCUUCCCGAAGGUGCAACUGUGCCAGCUUUGGGAUUAUCCAAUAAAGCUGUUUUUGAAGGAGAUAUGGCUGUUCAACUAGCUGAGGAUGAAGAAACAUUUAAUACCAUUUCAAAUCAGUAUCCUGAGAUUUAUUUUCAACCCUUGAUCCUUACAGAACCUCCCCCAGAGGAUCACUUGCUGCAGAAUACCUUGUGGCCUGAAAUUCAGAAGUUAUAUGGACAUGGAUAUGAAAUUUUUUGUGUUGCUUGCAAUAAUUCAAACACUGUAAUUGCCUCAGCAUGUAAGGCUUCCAAAAAAGAACAUGCAGCAAUUAUUUUGUGGAGCACUACUUCUUGGAAGAAACUGCAGAGUUUGUCAUUUCACAAUCUGACUGUUACUCAGCUGGCAUUUUCUCCUAAUGACAAAUUUUUAUUAGCGGUUUCUAGAGACAGAAAUUGGUCACUGUGGAGGAAACAAGACUCAUCAGAGUCAGGACCAGUUUUCAGUUGCUGUGCAUACACAGACAAAAAUACAGCUGUUCACAGUCGAAUCAUUUGGUCUUGUGAUUGGACACCAGAUAGCAAAUAUUUUAUUACCGGCAGUCGGGACAAAAAGGUCAUUAUUUGGGGCCAGUGUGAUUUAUCUGUGACUACUGAAGGGAAUAUGUUGAAUUCAGUCAAGCCUUGUUCAACAGUACUGGAUACUGGCGAUUCUGUUACUGCUGUUAGUAUCAGCCAUGUGCUUACUCCUGAUGGAAGAUAUAUUGUUGCAGUAGGCUUAGAGAAUGGGAAGAUUAUCUUGUACACAUGGAAGCAGAGCGGGCAAGAACCAGCACUAGCUGAUUGGACCACGUGUGUUGAGAUGGAUAACAGCCAAAGUUAUGCUCUUGCUGUGAAACGUUUAUGUUGGAGACAUCAUGCGGGCAGAGCUGGACAUAAUGAUCAGAACAGCAGCGAGUGGUUGCAGCUUGCAAGUUGUGGAGCUGAUCACUGUGUUAAGAUAUUCAAUGUCAACAGGUUUGCUCUUUAGCAAAGGCAGCAGGCCUGUCUGUGAAAAACAGAUUCAUAACAUUUUAUUUCAGCUUUAACCAUUUUGUUUGUUGAAUUUGCUGGUUUCUGCUGUGGAAAGUGAAUUUUUUGACAUGUAACUUAUUAAAGCAACUUUUGUGGUAGUUUGAAAUGUCAAA